AUGGCAGAAUCAUCACAAGAAUACCGCCCGGAACCUAUUGCCAUUGUAGGUUUCGCAUGCCGCCUUCCGGGUGGUAACUACAGCCCGCCAAAGCUCUGGGAGUUUUUAGAACGAGGGGAGAUAGCAUGGAAUGGUGUCCCACCAUCAAGGUUCAAUAUCGACGGUCACUAUGAUGGUUCUAUGAAGCCCAAGACUAUGCGUCAGCCUGGAGGCAUGUUCCUCAAGGAUAUCGAUCUGGCCGACUUUGACGCCGGGUUCUUCGAGCUCGGCGCCAGCGAAGCCACAGCAUUGGACCCCAAUCAACGACAAAUCCUCGAGGUUGUCUACGAGGGACUGGAAAAUGCUGGUAUUCCCAUGGAAAAUAUUGAUAACAAACUGGUGGGAUGCUACGUUGGAUCUUAUGGCGUGGAUUAUGCCGACAUGGCCAACCGCAACCCUGAAGACCGACCCAUGGGCAAUGUGAUAGGCAACGCCCGCUGUAUGCUGUCUAACAGAAUCAGCCACUUCUUCAACCUCAAGGGGCCCAGUGUCACAGUUGACACGGCCUGCUCUGGAAGUCUGGUUGGGUUAGACAUGGCAGUCCAGUCCUUGCGCUCCAAAACCAUCGACGUGGGUAUUGUGGCCGCAUCGAAUCUGUACAUGAGCCCAGAACACCUCAUCGAUGCCGGAAACGUGGGCGGCGCACACUCGCCAACAGCGCUCUGUCACACUUUCGACGCCAAGGCCGACGGCUACGUCAAGGCCGAAGCAGUCAGCACGGCCAUAGUCAAGCGUCUUUCCGAUGCCAUCCGCGACGGCGACCCCAUUCGCGGCGUCGUGCUCGGCACGGCCUCCAAUCAUAACGGCCGCACCCCCGGCAUUGCGAGCCCCAACGCAGACUCCCAGGCCUUGGCCAUCCGGGCGGCGUAUGCGAGCGCCGGCAUCACUGACUUUAACCAGACCACGUUUCUCGAGUGCCAUGGCACUGGCACGCAGGCAGGCGACGCCAACGAGGUUCAGGGAAUAGCUUCCGUCUUUUCGGGUUCGCGCUCUGACAACAACCCCCUCAUCAUUGGGUCGAUCAAGAGCAACGUUGGCCACGCUGAGCCCGCAGCUGGCCUGUCUGGUCUGAUGAAAGCAAUCAUGUCAAUUGAAAAGGGUGUUAUUCCCGGCAACCCGACAUUCCACACACCGAGUCCCAAAAUCGAUUUUGCGGGGGCCAAGGUGAAAGUUUCGCGAACUUUAAUCAAGUGGCCCGAGAACGCUCCUCGUCGAGCUAGCAUCAAUUCAUUUGGCAUCGGAGGCUCAAACGCUCAUGCUAUUGUCCAACAAGCACCUUUACGGGAACAAGUGCGCCAUGUAUCCUCAUAUCUUGAUACGGCUGGAGGAGAAUUCAGCUCAGACGAUGACGAGGCCGCUACGCCAUACAGCUUGGUAUUAUCCGCCAACGAUGCGGCUACCCUCGAGGCCAAUAUCAAGGCCUUGUGUAACCACUUGAUCAACCCCGGUGUCAAGGUUGACUUGGCCGACUUGGCCUACACCCUCUCCGCUCGACGGUCGCGUCUAUUUCAUCGAGCAUACGUAAGCACCAGGUCGACGAAUAUCAGUGAAAGUGACUUUGUUCUGGGAAAACAGGCCCCAGAGCCUUUCAAGAUCGGCUUCGUGUUUACCGGUCAAGGCGCCCAGUGGCCUCAGAUGGGACGAGAUCUCUUGGAGUUCUUCCCCUGGGUCCAAUCAAUCUUGGAGGAGCUGGACCAAGUGCUCCAGAGCCAGCCAGACCCGCCGAGCUGGUCACUGAUCAGCGAGCUGACUGAGCCGCGCUCUGCCAAGCAUAUGCGCCAGCCCGAGAUAUCGCAACCCUUGGUUACUGCUCUCCAAUUGUGUCUCGUGGCUGUUUUGGAAUCUUGGGGCAUUGAACCAAGCUGUGUCAUAGGCCACUCGUCGGGUGAGUGUGCUGCUGCAUACGUUGCUGGCUGGGUCGAUCGUGCUGGCGCACUCAAGGCUGCCUUUUACCGAGGUAGAGCUGCGCUGCGUUGCGAAAGCGAAAGCGAAAAGGAUGUCGGCAUGCUUGCAGUUGGUGUAGGAGCCGCCGAGGUGCAGAAGUACCUGGAAAAGCACGCGGGCGACGCAUUCAUUGCCUGCUUCAACAGUCCUGGCAGCUUGACCCUUUCCGGAAAGAAAUCAGCACUCGACGAGAUUGCCGAUGAGGUCAAGGGCGAUGGAUACUUUGCCCGGGCGUUGCUAGUCGAUCUGGCCUACCACUCCAAGUUUAUGGAUAGAAUUGGAGAUGAGUACAACACGCUGCUCGACACCGAUGAUAAAUUCAAGCCCCAACAAAAUUCGCCGUCGGCUGUCGCCAUGUACUCGUCUGUCACGGGGCUUAGAAAAGAUUCCCCUGCCGAUUCAACCUACUGGAAGACUAAUAUGGUUUCUCCUGUUCGUUUCGAUCAAGCGCUCAAAGAGAUGGUCACUCAGGAAUCCCCGACACUUCUGAUUGAAAUUGGUCCAUCAGGUGCGUUAGCAGGUCCAGUCGGGCAGGUUCUCAAAUCCAUUUCAAAGGGUACAGAUGUUUUGUACCAAGCAUCAUGGGCACGUGGUUCCAAUGCUGGUCACGCUCUAUUCGACAUUGCUGGCCGACUGUUCAUCAAUGGCCAUCCCAUUGACCUAGCUCUGGUAAACAAGUAUGGUGAGGCGGUGAAAACGAUUACCGAUUUGCCCAAUUACACGUGGAACCACUCGGUCAAGUACUGGCACGAGAGUGCCGCAAGUAAGGACUGGAGGUUCCGAAAGUUCCCCGUCCACGACUUGUUGGGCAGUAAAGUGCUCGGAGUCCCCUGGCAUUCACCCGUGUGGCGCCACACGCUCAACGUGGCCAACGUGCCCUGGAUAUUGGAUCACCAGAUGGGUGGUGAUGCCCUCAUGCCGGGCGCUGGCUUCCUUACACUGGGUCUCGAGGCCUUGUACCAGAAACACUGCGCUCUCAACCCAGAAGAAGCCCCUGCAUCUCCCAAUGAGCUCGCCUACCGCUUCCGCAAUGUACGCUUCAACAGGGCCUUGGUACUUGAGCCCGGGACGGACAUACCGAUAAUGUUGUCGCUCUCCAAGGUCCCUGGUAGCAACAAUGAAUGGCACGAGUUCCGCAUCUCGACGACUCAAGCCGACGUUCAAGUUGAGCAUUGCUUUGGAUUGAUCCGCAUUCAGGACCCCGUCGAUGAAGUGCUAGAGGACAUUGCACCACUGAGGAUGCCCCAGCCUGCCCGCAAGUGGUACAAGGUCGAGGCUGAAAUUGGCAUGGGUUUCGGACCUGCAUUCCAGAAAUUGAUCAGCAUUGAGGCAGUCAGCGGCCAGCGCGAAUGCAGGACCCUCAUGUCAAUGGCACCCCCCGUUUCCAAAUGGGAACCCCAGUCAUACUACCCUGUCCAUCCGAGCUCGUUCGACGGUUGUUUACAGACACCCAUUCCGGCCAACGCGGCUGGAGAGCGGGUCAACGUCAAGGACGUCAUGAUCCCUGCCAUGUUUGACGAUGUCCUCGUCAACAAGGUCCCUCGACAGUUGAACGAAGCUUACUCUUUCGCAAAGUCGGUCUACUCUGGCCGCGGUCGUCCCGACCAAGAUAAGAGCUGGAAAGCGUAUAGCUCUGUCUAUGACUCGAUCACCGGAGCCUUGCUCGUACGCGUAACGGGCAUCAAUUAUGUCAAGCUGGACGUACCUCCCAAGCCUGACCCUCACACCUUUGACCGAGUCGCGUGGGAGCCCGAUGUGUCGCUCCUCAGUCAAGAUCAAAUCAUGUACCUGGAUUCUGCGGAAUCAUCGUCCAGGCUCAGCCGCGUCAUUGAUCUCAUCGCUUACAAAAAGCCAGCACUUGCGGUACUGGAGGUCAAUCUUGACGAGACAGAUACUUCAUGCUUGUGGUUCGAUGCCGGCGACGCAUCAGUGCGGGACGUCUAUACACGGUAUGACUUUGCCUCAGGUGAUGGACAAACCAUUACUAGCGUUCAGUCCAAGUACCAGGACAGGGAGCGUGCAAAUUACCUCUUCAUUAGCCCCGAGAAGGAGGCCUUGGGCAUUUCUGCCGAGGAAACCUAUGAUCUUGUCAUUGUCAAGUGCUCGCAGGGAUUGCAGACUGCCAUUUCAAGGGUCUUGGACAAUUUGAAGUCACUAUUAUCGAAUGACGCCCACACUAUUAUCGUUCCUGCUCAGGGUACGGCACAGGACGUGAGCCGCCUGGAUGACAGUGAAAGCUCUGAAGAUUACGUCAACCUCAACCCGAGUCCGCCAUCUCUUGAUACACCGGAGAGAUCUUCGGGGUCGGAGACGAACGGACCUUCAAGCUCUGUAGAUUCGGUGGCGUGGGAUCAGGACUUGGCAGAGAAGCCUUUGAGCCUUGGAGACCAUGGCGCCCUUGGCAGAUAUCUCAAGAAGACCACCGAAUCGGGGCACUUCCUCGAGGUUACGGCUUCAGAUGACAAUGCUCCUGCCUACUUGCUACGCAGCACCAGCCUUGAGGUUUCCAAGCAGCAGCAUCCGCAGAAUCUUUUGGUUGCUAGUCUAAGCGGACGGGUAAGAUCAAGCCUAGGCCCGUCACUGAGAGCAAGCUUGGAAAGAUCUGGUUGGGCCAUCAUACAACAAACAAUACCGUUCUCCAAGCCCAAAACGGGAACAGUGGUACUAGUUCUGGACGAGCUUUCGGAUAGCGUCCUCAAACAUGUUGACGAGAGCCAGUGGGAUGCUAUCAAGACGCUGGCUACCUCGACCACCCCAGUACUCUGGGUUACAAAGGGCGCCCAGCAUCCCGUGACGGACCCAGACAAGGCUCUAGUCCAAGGUCUGUUCAGGGUGGCACACUCAGAAGACCACUCCACCAACCUAACGACACUCGAUGUGCAGUCUAGCAUGAGCCGGGCCACGGAGUGGGCUAUUGAUCAGGUACUCCAACUGCUGGCAGCUUCCGCGGCCGGAGGCCCGCGCGUGGAAACCCAGUACAUGGAACGAGAUGGCGUGCUGCAUGUACAGCGACUCGUUCCCGAUGUGACGAUCAACGACCUGAAACGCGCCGAAGUCGAAGGGCACGAACCCACAUCCAAGCCCUUCAAGGCGACCGAGGCCCAGGUCGUGCUGCGGACGGAGCGCCUCGGCACCCUCCAGAGUCUGCAGUGGAGCGAGACAGACCAUGACGACUCUACGCCGGUGGCGCCAGGCUGGGUCGAGGUCGAUGUAAUGGCCGCUGGUGUCAAUUACAAGGACGUGGCCAUCAGCAUGGGCAUCGUGGCUGACAAUGAGUACACCAUGGGACUCGAGUGUGGCGGCGUGGUCCGCCGCCUCGGCCCCGGUGUGGACAAGUUCAAGGUCGGGGACCGGGUAUGUCUACUCAAGAUGGGCUCGUACGCAAAUCGGGUGCUCACGGAGGCCGGCCGUUGCCAUGCCAUUCCGGACUCUAUGAGUUUCGAGGAGGCAGCCACCAUUCCGUCCGUGUACUUGUGCUCCCUUUAUGGGUUGUAUCAUUUGGCAAAUCUUCGAGAAGGCCAGACCGUUCUCAUCCACUCUGCAACUGGAGGUGUUGGAGUCGCUUGCAUUGAGUUGGCCCGGUACAAAAAGGCCGAGGCAAGUAUCCAUUCCUUCGACAGCACGGAAGAGAAGCGCCAGUUUCUCGAGACUCACUACGGCAUCCCCAGAAGCCGCAUGUUUUCCUCCCGCGAUGCCUCCUUUGCAGAGGCAAUCAUGCGCGCCACGGACGGCCGGGGUGUUGAUGCUGUAGUAAAUUCACUGACAGGAGAGCUUCUAGACGCCUCGUGGCGGAUCAUGGCCGACGCUGGUACUAUGGUCGAGAUUGGUAAGAAGGACAUUCUCGACCGAAAUACUCUAGCCAUGGAGCCUUUCGAUAGGAACUGCUCGUACCGUGCGAUCGAUCUGUCAUACGCCAAGCACAUGGAUGAGCACAUGAUUGCCAAGCUCUUCAAGGAGAUCUUUGAACUUCUGAACGCGGGCCACCUCAAGCCAAUCCAUCCCAUCACCACGUUCAAGUUCAACGAAAUUCCGGCGGCGCUUGCUCAGAUCCGUGCCGGAAAACAUAUCGGCAAGAUUGUCAUCUCGAACCAGCAAAAUGACGACUUUGAACUGCCCAUCAGAUCUGCCGUUCGCAAACUCCGCUUGAAACCCGAUGUGUCGUACCUCAUUGUUGGCGGCCUGAAAGGCGCUUGCGGUACUCUGGCUGUGCACAUGGCGCAGCAUGGAGCCCGCCAUCUGGUCAUUAGCAACCGCAGUGGUAUUGAUGACAUCGCGUCGGCUCAGGUUGUCAAGGAUUGUGCAUCGCAUGGAUGUAAAGUCACCGAGUCCAGAGGCGAUGUCGGUGAUUAUGAGUCAGUACAACGGAUAUUCAAGCAUACUACUCCUAGGAUUGCCGGUGUCAUCCAAGGUGCCAUGCUGCUCAGGGACAAACCGUUUGAGAAUAUGGACGUGGACGACUUCCACACGACCAUCCAUGCCAAGGUCCAGGGAACCUGGAAUCUACACAAGGCGUCUAUCGAACUGCUCAAGCAGCCAUUGGAUUUCUUCACCAUGCUUUCCAGUAUCUCAGGGUUCCUCGGCCGCCGUGGCCAGGCCAAUUACGCCGCUGCCAACACGUUCCUCGACGCAUUUGCCAGCUACCGGCAGGGCCAGGGCUUGCGGGCCAACGCGGUGGACCUGGGCAUGAUUGUCGACGUCGGCCACAUCGCCGACGACGAGGACGGUCUGGAGGAGCGCUUUGACAAGACGCGCUGGAUCCCCGUCAACGAGACCAUGCUGCGCCGCGUGCUUACCUACUCGAUUCUGCAGCAGGACCCCGACGCCCGGCUCAACCCGACCAAGAGCCCGCAGCUCGUCACGGGCAUUGCGCACCCGCUCGCCCGCAACGACGAGGGCGAGCUGGACUACGAUGCGCGCUUCAGCUACCUCUACGCAGCCCGCGGCGGUGCGCACGUCGGAGGUGCCGGCGCUGGUUCGGGCGACAGCAGCGACAAGAGCGAGCAGGCCGUCAAGACCCUACAGGCCAUGCAGAGCUCGGGCGCCGACGCGGCCGCUCUGGUCAAGACCACGGUCGAAGCGCUCCUGGGGCAGUUCUCCAAGAUUCUCCAGCUGGGCGACGAGGUCGAGCCCGGCAAGUCGCUCAUGGCGUACGGCCUGGACUCGCUCUCCGCCAUUGAGCUGCGCAACUGGACUCGCCAAAAGAUUGGCGUAGAGCUGACAACGCUCGAUAUCGUCAAUGCCACGUCGAUGAUUGCUCUGGCUGAAAAGGUUGUCGCAAAGUUGACGCAGGACUAA